GUUUGAAUUAACAGUUAGCAACGAUUGCUGGUCGUCACACGCAACACUGGCUCUCGUUCCGACAUCAUCCGACGUCAUUUUCUCCUCGUAAAACGUCUCCUCACCUCGUCACCGGAAACCACAAUUGCCAAUCGCCGCGAUUUCGCACCCGGACGACGGAAAAAACGACUUCUCGUCCCUCAAAAUCCUCUGUUGACGUUAGUUACCAAAUUUCAACAUUUAGAUGGCAGAGGAUACGUCAGUGCACGUCGCCGUCAGGAUUCGCCCUCAACUGGCGCACGAAAAGAUUGACUUGUGUGGCAUCUGCACGACUGUGACGCCCGGUGAGCCGCAGCUCGUGCUUGGAAAAGAGCGCGCGUUUACGUAUGACUUCGUGUUUGACACACAUUCGGAUCAGGAGAGCGUCUACACGACUUGCGUUCAUUCGCUGAUUGAAGGCUGUCUGGAUGGUUACAAUGCGACGAUUCUAGCUUAUGGUCAAACAGGCUCAGGCAAAACGUACUCAAUGGGAACAGGAUUUGACGUUCGAGUUCCUGCUGAAGAACAAGGAAUUAUUCCUCGCGCUGUUGCUCAUCUUUUUCGGGCGAUCGAGAGACGAAGAAAACAGGCAGAAGACAACAACAACAUGCCACCGGAUUUCAAGAUGUCAGCUCAGUUUAUGGAACUUUAUAAUGAGGAGAUCUAUGACUUAUUUGACACGAUGAGAGAGCUGGGCAAGAAGUCGAAUGUGAAAGUCCAUGAAGACUCUCUAGGUGGGAUAUAUACUGUUGGAGUGACAACACAAGAUGUUACCACACAAGAGGAGACGAUGAAGGCAUUGCAGAAAGGCGCAUUGUCUCGCACAACAGCCAGCACGUGUAUGAAUGCACAGUCAUCUCGAUCACAUGCCAUCUUUACUCUUCAUAUUGAGCAACGGCGACUGAUCCAGUCAAGCCAAGAAAACGGUGAUGACAGCGAACAGCAUGCCGAAGUCAACGACUUUGAUUUCGAGUCGUUAAGGGCGAAGCUCCAUUUUGUGGAUCUUGCUGGUUCAGAGAGAUUGAAACGGACAGGAGCUACGGGAGACAGAGCAAAGGAAGGCAUCUCAAUCAACUGUGGACUGCUUGCACUUGGUAAUGUGAUCAGUGCUCUUGGCGAUUUGACACGAAAAGCCAGUCAUGUUCCAUAUCGAGACUCAAAGUUGACUCGACUUCUUCAAGAUUCACUUGGCGGCAACAGCAAGACUGUGAUGAUUGCGUGCGUGAGCCCAACAGACAGAGACUUUAUGGAGACUCUAAACACACUGAAAUAUGCCAAUAGAGCGAGAAACAUUAAAAACAAGGUUGUUGUGAAUCAAGACAAGGCAUCGCAGGUUAUUAUGCAGUUGAGACAGGAGAUACAGAAGCUGCAGAUAGAGCUCAACGAAUUCAAACAGGGAAAACGUUACGUAACCGAUGACGGAGAAGUUGCAAUGAACGAUGUGCAUCACGAAAACACACUGCUGAAGGCGGAAUCAGACAAGUUGAGGUUACGGCUGAAGGCUGCACAAGACACGAUCAACGCUCAAGCUGAGAGGCUCGUGGAGUUGCAGGCAAAGGCGUUAGUGUAUCAGACAAACGGAAUAGUAAAACAGUCAUCUGCAUCAGAGGGUGAGGAGGGGCAGUCUGCAGAGCUUCAGACUGAAGAAUCUCAAAUGGAAAGCAUUAUCAAGGAAUAUCUGAAGGAAAUAGAAGAUCUCAGAAGCCAACUCCUACAGAGUGAAAGUUUAUCUCACCAACAGCCUCUCUCUCCAUUUCGUCGCAUCAGCCACGAAAGACUAAACAUGGCCUCCAUCAGAGAGGCCGUAUCCCUAACCUCAGCUCUCUCACCAGGCAGCAGGAUGUUCCACUUCGAUGCUACAAAUCCACAAAAGGACAGUCUUGAUGACGUUCUAUUGGAGGCCAAAAAGGACGUCGAAAAAGACAUGGAGAAACUGAGACAGAAGGAGAUGAAACUCGUACGAUCGACGACACAGAAACAGAAUGGAUCUUUGAGUGAGGAUGCGAACACGACGGAGGACGAGUUUGAUAGUGGUGAAGAUGGGGAGUCGGGUGGUGAGGACGAUAACGUCAGUGACUCAGAAGACGUUGAAGAUGAUGAACAACUACAUCAGGAAGUUGAGAGCACACAGAGCGACAUCGCCGAAUUAUCAAACGAAAUCAGCAUCAAAGAGAAACUUUUAUUUCAAUUGGAGCACAGCAAGAGACAAAUGGAAACGAUGAGAGAACAAUACGAGCACAAAAUGAUGACGCUGCAAGAGAAGAUUAAACGGACGGAAUGCGAGAGAGAUCAAGUGCUGCAGAAUUUGAGUAGCAAAGAACAAGGAGCGGAAGGGGCGAAGCAAAAGGUAAAAGAAGAUUACGAGACCAAACUCAAAUCACUACAGAAGGAGAUGAAGCAACUAAAGACAGCCAAAAAGCAACACCAAGCUCUUCUACGAGCGAACGCUCAGAACGAGCAGCAGCUCAAGACACUGAGAAGCGACGUGCAAGAGAUGAAGAAGCAAAAGGUGCAGCUGAUGAGGAAACUACGGGAGGAGGCCACGAUACACAAAGAGCAUGAGGCAAAGAGGAGCAAAGAGGUUGCACAACUGAAGAAGCAACAGAGACAGAGAGAGAACAUCAUACGAAACCUUGAGGUUGACCAGAAAAGACGAGAAGUCGUCUUGAAGCGUCGAAACGAGGAGAUUGCUGCAUUGAGACGACAGAAGAAUCCUGAACGAACGAGAGUCAAUCAGUCACACCAGCAACAACGGCAGCCGCAAGCACAUGGUUUGGUAAGGCAAACGGUGGUUACGAAUGUGGACAAACCGAUUAGAAGGCUGAAGUCGGAGCAUAAACAUGUGAGGAAACCGUCGUCGCUUUACUCGUCGGUGGGAAGCAGAAGGAAAUGGAGAGCAAUUGAGUCCAAGAUGUCUGAGCUCAUUGUUCAGAAACAAGCUAUUAGUGCGAUGGAAGAUGACAUGGACAGAUGGAUACAGGAGCGUCAAAGACUUCACAGUGAACUCAAAGAGAACACAACGAAAUUAGACGAAUCAAAGAUCAACGAAGAAGCACCAGCAGUCGUCGAUGAUCUCCAAGAGCAACACGAAAGUCUGUCAUCGAAUCUCGAGUUUGCGAAUGCAAACAUCCAGGAGCGAGAGAGCGACAUCAUGACAAUGAUGGAUGCAAAGGGAGAUGGAGAGUUGACGUCACUAAUGACGGGCCUUAUCAACAAGUGUAGCAUCAGUGAAGCGAAGUACAUCAUGGAGAGAUUUGUAAAUGCGAACGUAGACAUUGGAGUUCAGCUUGCACAUGAAAGAGCACAUAAACACAGACUGGAAGAACAGUUGAAGGCAAGAGAGGAGCAACUCAAGUGUCAAGAGGAGUUAUUGUUGCAGAAGGCAGGACAGUGGGACGGCGAGAUUCAUAGUACACACUCGUUGGAAAUAAGAUCAUUGAUGAACAAACUAUCCGACGACUCACCAUCACAUCAAGAUCAAAGCAGUGGAGACUGUGUAUCUGACGAGAGCUCUCAGGGUGGUUCGUUGCCCCCUCCAGAAUCAACCGAGUCUUUACAUAACAGUAUGGAAGAGAGCCAGCAGGUCUAUCGUCAACUUAUGGCAAUUGUUUCUAAGAAGGACAAGAUUCGUCGUCGAACCGCCACACCAAGCGAGCUCCUCUUCUCCCUCCAAACAAGUGACAUCUACUCAUCAGGCAGCGAAUCAUCACAAUCCACAUCACUCAACACAAAACCACAACAACCCCCCAUCACAGAAAAAGACGAAACGAACGAAAAACCACCCGACGCAAAACUCAUGCCACCGCCAGCAUCUCUGCCCCCUCGAUUACUACAAGACAGCGAACUCGACGUGACGUCAACGACUCAGAGAAGAAACAGCGAAAGCGAACCUUCAAAGUCCAACAGCCCGCCAUCAUCGUUGUCUCCUCAUUUGUCCGGAUCUGGAGUGAAAUCGAAUGGUUCGAUGGGUCACGUGUUCGAGAGGCUGGCGGUCACACGGGAACUGGCAUCGGGAUCCGAGGGGAAGAUUGUGACAAUGAAGCAAGGGGAGACACGUCGGGAUCGAUGCCUGAUGUGUACACACUUGAUACAGGGACAUAUGAGUGCCGUGUUGACAUUGUGUGUGAACGGGUCGAUGUUGUAUACGGGAUCACAGGAUAGGACGGUGAGGGUGUGGGAUCUGGAGAGGGAGCAGGAGGUGGUGUGUAUCGCCGGGCAGCCGAGUUCGGUCACAAAGGUUGUUUAUUGUCAUCAGACACGGACGCUGUUGACGGGAUCGCAGUCGCAGAUUAAGGUGUGGGAUGUAAGAGAGAGUGAUUUCAAGUGUGUUCGAACAUUAGGACAAUCAAUCAGUGAUAAAGGAUGGAAGGGAGGGACAAGCUCAGAUGCUGUCCAUGACAUGGCGUUGGAUGGGACGGGAUCUUAUCUCUACUCAGCAACAUCGUCAUCUUCAUCAGUCAAAAUAUGGGAUCUUAGAAAAUUCUCCACGAUCGGUAAACUAUCAGGACAUUCUGCACCAGUCAGCUGUCUCCUAAUCGACGAGGACAACUCGAGAACAACCGGCUGGGUCUUCACCGGCUCACGCGAUCACCACGUCCGAGGUUUCGACAUUAAUCGUGGAUGUCCGGACAUACAGCAACCUCCCGGGUUCACGUUUAAGCCGCCACAUUACGAUGGUGUGCAGUCACUGGCGAUUGCCGGUAGGACGUUGUUUAGCGGUUCGAGAGAUUAUUCGAUCAAACAGUGGGAUGUCGAGACGCAUGAAUUGAAGCAGGCCGUCAAUGCUGCUCACAGUCAUUGGGUGACGGCGAUGAUGAGGCUACCGGAGAGUGAUGUUAUUGUUAGUGGAUGUAGAAGUGGAGUUAUUAAGCUAUGGAUGGCACACAACUGUCAGCCACUUGGCGAAACUUCUGGCCACAAAUUCCCAAUCAAUGCCAUGGCACCAUGUAACGGUCACAUCUUGACAGCAUCAAGUGAUCGAACAGUGAAGUUAUGGAAAGUUCGAGACGACAUCAUGUCACCCUAGUGUACAAAAAUUGGAAUAUAUAGACGCGUUUAAUACAUUGUUAAUACAGCUAGUGAAAUGCAGAGAGUCUGAGCAAUGUAGUGCAAUAUUUUUGAGUUCCUUUAGUUGAUGGAGGAUUCGCACACAUUGCUUGCAAGGAAUUUUUCUACUCGGUCGGUGCCUUCGCCUUCUAUUAUAUGAAGAUCACAUUGUGUUUAACACAUGUGGUUGUAAUAUAUGGAUUUAAUUGGUUACUGCAAUGGUA